AUGAGGAAAUUUAACAUCAGGAAAGUGCUGGACGGCCUGACAGCGGUCUCGUCCUCCUCCUCGGCUUCCUCCUCCUCGCAGCAACAGCAGUCCGGGAACCGGGAGAGCGACAUCCCGGAGACGCUCCAGUCCGAGCACUUCCAGCUCUGCAAGACCGUACGCCAUGGUUUCCCCUAUCAGCCUUCAGCCUUGGCAUUUGAUCCUGUUCAGAGGAUACUGGCAAUCGGGACUCAGACUGGAGCUUUAAGGCUUUUUGGUCGGCCAGGAGUUGAAUGCUACUGCCAACAUGACAGUGAAUCUGCAGUAAUCCAGCUCCAGUUCCUGAUUAAUGAGGGAGCUCUUGUGAGUGCCUUGGCUGAUGACACCUUACACCUAUGGAAUUUGCGUCAGAAGAGACCUGCUAUACUUCAUUCACUCAAAUUUAACAGAGAAAGGAUAACAUUUUGCCAUCUGCCUUUCCAAAGUAAAUGGCUAUAUGUGGGUACCGAAAGAGGAAACAUUCACAUUGUCAAUGUUGAGUCCUUUACACUCUCAGGCUAUGUCAUCAUGUGGAAUAAAGCCAUUGAACUGUCAUCCAAAUCUCAUCCAGGACCUGUUGUCCAUAUUAGUGACAAUCCAAUGGAUGAAGGAAAGCUCCUGAUUGGCUAUGAGUCUGGAACAGUAGUAUUAUGGGACCUCAAGUCAAAGAAGGCAGAUUACAGAUACACACAUGAUGAGGCUAUUCACUCUGUUGCGUGGCAUCAUGAAGGAAAACAGUUCAUUUGUAGCCAUUCAGAUGGUACCUUGACUAUAUGGAAUAUAAAAUCCCCUGCCAAGCCACUUCAGACAAUCACUCCACAUGGAAAGCAGCUAAAAGAUGGGAAGAAGCCAGAACCUUGCAAACCUAUCCUAAAAGUGGAAUACAAAACAGCUAGAACUGGGGAGCCUUUUAUCAUUCUGUCGGGAGGCUUGUCAUAUGAUACUGUAGGAAGAAGACCCUGUUUAACAGUCAUGCAUGGGAAAAGCACUGCUGUGCUAGAAAUGGAUUAUUCUAUUGUUGAUUUUCUAACCCUCUGUGAAACUCCGUACCCUAAUGAUUUUCAGGAACCAUAUGCUGUGGUGGUUCUUCUAGAAAAGGAUUUAGUACUUAUAGACCUUGCACAAAAUGGGUAUCCUAUAUUUGAGAAUCCCUAUCCUUUGAAUAUACAUGAAUCUCCUGUUACCUGUUGUGAAUAUUUUGCUGAUUGUCCUGUGGACCUCAUUCCUGCACUUUAUUCAGUUGGGGCUCGACAGAAACGUCAAGGUUACAGUAAAAAGGAAUGGCCUAUCAGUGGAGGCAACUGGGGUUUGGUCACUCAGAGCUACCCUGAGAUCAUUGUUACAGGGCAUGCUGAUGGGUCAAUCAAGUUUUGGGAUGCUUCCGCAAUAACACUGCAAGUACUUUACAAGCUAAAAACAGCUAAAGUAUUUGAAAAAUCACGAAAUAAGGAUGACAAGCCAAACACAGAUAUAGUAGAUGAAGAUCCAUAUGCCAUUCAGAUCAUCUCGUGGUGUCCAGAAAGUAGGAUGCUGUGCAUAGCAGGAGUUUCUGCACAUGUCAUUAUUUACAGGUUCAGCAAACAGGAAGUGACAACAGAAGUCAUUCCGAUGCUUGAAGUACGGCUGUUGUAUGAAAUAAAUGAUGUAGAAUCUCCAGAUGGUGAGCAAGCACCACCGUUGCCAACUCCAGGCACAGGUUCCAAUCCUCAGUCCAUUGCCCCCCAGUCACAUCCAUCUACAAGCAGCAGCUCAUCUGAUGGGCUCCGUGAUAAUGUCCCAUGUUUAAAAAUAAAAAGCUCUCCCCUCAAACAGUCUGCAGGCUACCAGAUUGAACUAGUUAUUCAGCUGGUAUGGGUGAGUGGAGAACCUCCGCAGCAGUUAACCAGUUUGGCAGUGAACUCCGCCUAUGGUCUAGUAGUUUUUGGCAAUUGUAAUGGUAUUGCAAUGGUUGAUUACCUGCAGAAGACAGUGCUCUUGAACCUUGGCACCAUUGAAUUGUAUGGCUCUAAUGAUCCUUAUCGUAGGGAACCUCGAUCUCCUCGCAAAUCUCGGCAACCAUCAGGAGCAGGUCUUUGUGAUAUUAAUGAAGGGACUACAGUGCCAGAGGAUCGCUGCAAGUCACCCACUUCGGGUUCUGGUUCUCCAAACAAUUCUGAUGAUGAUGAUGAUCAAAAAAUGAAUAAUUUUAUAGAAAAGGUGAAGACCAAAGGCAGAAAAUUUUCCAAGAUGGUAGCCAAUGAUAUAGCAAAGAUGUCCAGAAAGUUAAGUUUGCCAACUGAGCUAAAGCCUGAUUUAGAUGUCAGAGACAACUCCUUCAGUCGAUCCCGGAGUUCCAGUGUAACUAGCAUCGAUAAGGAAUCCCGAGAAGCAAUUUCUGCUCUUCAUUUCUGUGAGACUUUCACACGGAAAGCAGAUACAUCACCUUCUCCAUGUUUAUGGGUCGGGACUACUCUGGGUACAGUGCUAGUCAUUGUACUGAACCUACCCCCAGGAGGAGAACAAAGACUAAUUCAGCCAGUAAUUGUUUCUCCCAGUGGAACCAUUUUGAGGCUAAAAGGGGCAAUCCUGAGAAUGGCUUUUCUGGACACCACAGGAUCUAUAGUUCCACCAGCAUAUGAACCGUGGAGAGAACACAAUGUUUCUGAAGACAAAGAUGAAAAGGACAAAUUGAAAAAACGGCGGCCUGUCUCAGUGUCCCCCUCCUCCUCUUCUCAGGAAAUCAGUGAAAACCAAUAUGCAGUGAUCUGUUCUGAAAAGCAAGCAAAAGUUAUCUCACUGCCAUCACAGAACUGUAUUCAUAAACAAAACAUAACAGAGACUUCUUUUGUUCUUCGUGGAGAUAUAGUGGCAUUGAGUAAUAGUAGCUGCCUUGCAUGUUUCUGUGCCAAUGGACACAUUAUGACUUUUAGUUUGCCAAGUUUAAGGCCAUUGUUGGAUGUAUAUUACCUGCCACUUACCAACAUGCGGAUAGCCAGAACAUUCUGCUUCACCAACAAUGGACAGGCAUCGUAUCUUGUCUCACCUACAGAAAUCCAGAGAAUCACAUACAGUCAAGAAACUUGUGAAAACCUACAGGAAAUGUUGGGUGAGCUCUUCACUCCAGUAGAAACACCAGAAGCCCCAAAUAGGGGUUUCUUUAAAGGCCUGUUUGGAGGUGGUGCACAGUCACUCGACAGAGAAGAACUCUUUGGAGAAUCAGCAUCUGGAAAGGCAUCAAGAAGUCUUGCUCAGCAUAUCCCAGGGCCUGGUGGUAUUGAAGGUGUUAAAGGAUCAGCAUCUGGAGUAAUUGGUGAACUAGCACGAGCCAGGAUUGCACUAGAUGAAAGAGGGCAGAAACUAGGAGAAUUGGACGAAAGAACAGCUGCUAUGCUAAGUAGUGCUGAUUCUUUCUCUAAACAUGCUCAUGAGAUGAUGAUGAAGCACAAAGAUAAGAAGUGGUACCAGUUCUGACAACCUGCAUCCAAAUAGAUCAAUUUAACUUUAUCUUGAGGAGGAAAAAUGUCCUUUUUUUUUCUUUUAAUUAAUUUCUGCAGGACCAUUGGAGUUGGAGGAGUAUUCACUGUCUAUUGGAUGGUGUUGUUUCCUAGCACAAAUCAUACAGUUUUACCUCAGUCAUAUGGCUUUAACUGAGGAGCAUUAUAUUUAAAACAGACACACACAAAAACUUGAGUGUUUGUCGUAGCCGUGGGUUUGCUCAGAGCUUGGGAACAGAGCAGGUGACACAGGACACUUGGAGAAGAGAGGCAAAGGGGAAAAGAUGCAAGAUGGGCAGUGGCAAUGCAGGAUCAAGCCUGUGUUAAUAUGUCAUAUGCCAAAAGUUUCUGUUGUAACUGCUGCCAAUGUUUCACCCUCCUGUGAGGAGAGGCAAUAAAUCAGGGGUCCAAGAGCUGAAAUAAAGUUGUGUUUGUCUUACUGAACUAUAAAUAGCUGACUUCACCUACCCUCCUUUCCAUUAUUACUGAAGAAGAGUUAUACUCUGUUUGCUACCAUCUCUUUGAUCAGACAAGCUGGAAGUCUGAAAGAUCCAUAUUGAAAAUGUAUAUACAGUUGACCUGUUCAUAGUCUCUUCUAGGACCCCUGAUCUAGUAUUCUUGUAUUCACAUCAUAUUCUGUCAAGUGCAAAACAAAAG